CAAGAUCAAAGCUGCAGGAGAAUGGACAGUGAGGUACAGAGAGAUGGAAGGAUCUUGGAUUUGAUUGACGAUGCUUGGCGAGAAGACAAGCUGCCUUAUGAGGAUGUUGCAAUACCACUGAAUGAGCUUCCUGAACCUGAACAGGACAAUGGUGGCACCACAGAAUCUGUUAAAGAACAAGAAAUGAAGUGGACUGACUUGGCCUUACAGUACCUCCAUGAGAACGUUCCCCCCAUUGGAAACUGAUGCCUGGCUCCUUG